AUGCGGCCUGAUCUUAUCUAUUGCGGAUCUUGUUCCUUGGAAUUCCCUCUCUCAGAUUUGACUACUUUUAUUGAGCACAAACGUUCCAAAUGCUCUAAUUCAAUGUUUGACGAGGAUUGUGAGUAUUUGCAAUGUUUUCAAUGUCUCCGUAGUUUUAACACUCCAAUGCCCCUUCUUUAUCAUGUUCAGACUGAUCAUGGAAUUAAAGUCGUAAGAAAUCUACGCGUUCCAAAUGAAUUGCCUCCACAGCAAGCGGAUGAUUUUAGUUUGCAGUCCUUCCCUUACGAACUGAACGAUCUUGUCUAUGAAAGCCAAGGCGGUGAGCUUGAUAGACCAAGUACUUCAGCUCCUGAUAUGGAAUUCAACGAAUUUUCACCGACAGUAAAUCAAUCAAAUAAUUUGACUUUAUUUUCUACUAAUGCUUCACUCUCUCUCACUUCUCAUCCAUCUCGAAACACUAAUUGCAAAUGUCAGAAAAAUGAGAACAUUGAGCAAGGCGAUAAUCAGUCUUUAAAUUUUCGAAGUGUUUCAUAUGAUUCUGCGACUUGUACCCCUUUGAAUGUUGCCUUAAAUUUAGAAGAAAGUCUUCGUCUCAUUCACAGAAUCGCAUGCAGCAAAUUGGAUAUGCAUUUUCGUCAAAUGACUUCAUUCAAUGACCCGAAAUCAUCCUCCUACGCUCUUAGUUUUUGCUGUUCCCGUACAAGUCUCUCCUGUUUAUGCACAGUUGAUUCUUGUUCCUGCAGUUCUCAGCCGGCUCCCCAAGCACCCGCGUUAAAGUCUUCCACUUGCCAAACAGAUGAACUUUCUGAUUCUUUUAUCAUAGAUUCAUUAUCAACUCCAAGUCCUUUUUCUCUUCCUGAUAAAUCUCCGAUCAAUAAAAGUCCCGUUUUGCAGGAUUUCAGUUUUCUUAAUUGUCUUACGCAGCCUUCCACUUCGACUUCUCCUGUUGAUGACUCAUCUCUUCCUCCUCCACCAAUGAUCGAUUCUCUUCCCAUCGAUAAUCAGGAGCAGAAAUCGAAACUUCUCCCCUUUACUUGUUCCUUCUGUGGUCGUUUCUAUCGUCAAAAAAUUCACCUUCGAAAACACAUUAUGGCGCAGCAUACCAAACAGAAGCCUUUCUACUGUCCUCAUUGUACUUAUUCUACCGUUGAAAAGAGUCAUCUGAAAGUCCAUAUUCGAACCCAUACCGGUGAAAGACCCUACAUUUGUAGAGUAUGUCAUUAUUCUUCCACUCAGAAUUGUACUCUCAAGUCGCAUUAUCUUCGAAAGCAUCCGGAGAGUAAGCUCACUUGCACGGCUUGUGGAGGUGUCUAUGUAACCGAAUUGGAGUAUCAAAAUCAUCUGAAAAACUGCACUAAUAUGCUUGGUUGUCUUUUAUAA